AUUAUCUUAAUUCCCAGGAAUCUUUCUUGCAAAUCAGUCCAGGGAGUUCAUUUGUUUUUCACCAUAUAUAAAGUUGUUUGUUCAUUCGUUUAGGUCGUAGCUCAAGGAGAGUUGUAUGUCCUCUCUCUCUCUCUGUUUUCAGGCUGGAAUCAUUGGCAGCAGCUAGAGUCUCAGGACAUGAAUGUCCACUGAAGUGGAUGUCUUGGACGGGUUGGUAGAAAGUUUGUUGAUGAAGAGAAGAAUAAUGUCUGUAUGUGGGAUGACGGGACCAGGGCUUGGUCUGUCUGUGUUCCUGUUGGCUCUGCUUCAUCUUCAAUGCUCAGCCCAGAACAACUACACUACGCUCCCAAAUAACGUAUCAGUGGCUGUUGGCAAGCCUGCUGCCUUCCAGUGUGGUGUGUCCCCUCCUAGACAACUCAACUUCACUCUCUAUGGUAGCCAUAGAAACAUAACCCUCAUCUGCCCAGGAGACCACACUGAGUAUCUGGCUGCCCAGUCAAUAAAAGGGUACUGUGAUAACACAGGUAAGGAGCUCUUUGCAAUAUGGCUUAUCAGUGGGACAUCCCGCUCUGACAACCACACACGUGUGGUAUGUGAGAGCUCAGGACGACCACUAGUGGAUGGAUACCUCUGGGUGUACGAGGACGGCAGUUACUUUGCCACCCUCAUUGGCUGCGUCAUUGGUGGUUUCUUUGGUAUCCUCAUCGUCUUUGGUCUGUCAUACACUGUGCUCAGGAGAUCUGAGAGGUUCCAGCUCUGUUUCAGGGGGAAAGAUCGUGAGGAUGACGUCACCACAAUGGUGACAAAGGAUUAAACACACACCUUUCAAUACUGUUGGAUUUACUUAUUCAACUUCUUAAAGGUGGCACUUUGUGGGGUUUUUUGCAUAUGCAGAUUUUGAUUGUAAUUUCUAUUUUGUUUUACUGUUCUAUUAUUUGCUUAUCUAGCAGUAUGCAAUAUCUGAUACUGGCAUCAGUUUCCUGUGUUUUUUAUCUUAUGAAAUGUAGCUAAACAUAGGAAGUUAAACAAAAUGUUGCAUUUUGAAAAUUUCUUACCAAAGUCCCAUAUAUCAUAUUCUCACCCAUAAGCUUUUAGAUUUGUGUUGCCUUGGUUUGUUCAGUCGCAGUUCUACUAUUUGUCCAACAGAGAGCAGCCAUGACAGUACAGAAACUGAAGUUCAAUGAUGCUGGGAUACUACUAAAGCGUUUGAUCAUGUACUAUAAUUGUGCGUCUCUGACUUUUCCUCUACUCCGGAAUACGGAAGUUUAUGUUCAUUUUUUAUACUGCGUUUUAUAGCUCCAUUAAUUGUUUUACAGUUAUGCUGGCAGCCAGCUAACACCUGUUUUCACUGCAUAAACAAUAGAGAGCAGGACGUCUGAGUAGCUGUCUAAAGUGUUCCAGUGGAGGAUCAGUAGAGGUGGUGCGAUGUUGACUCAGCUGGCCUGCUAUGCUCUGGUAUGACUCUGACACGGACACAACUCACAUCACUCCAGAUCCCACAAUAUGCAUUGCUAAUUUGUUUAGAAUUACAUACAUUCUUUGAGAUGUAUUUCUAUUUUUAUGCAUGCUCCCCAUCUUCAGAGUGGCUUGUCAGAGGAUAUGGUCAAAUGCUCAAAGGCCCUUAGAUGGUUUGUUUAGUGACAAAUAUGCCUCCUAACAAGUAAGAGUAGUGUACGUUUUGAGUGUUCCAGCACGAGCGUGCUUGUGUCAGUGCAUGCAGGCAUACUUACAUACCACACUUUUGUUUAAGUCUAAGCUAUGCACCGGAGUUGUGUCAGUGACGAUGCAUUCAUACUAUAUUAAUACAGUGUGUUCCAUUUGUAUUGGGGCAGUGAAACUUGUUGUUUUGGCUCUGUACACUUUGGAUUUGAAAUGAUUCAAUGACUAUGAUGUUAAAGUGUAGACUGUCAGCUUUAAUUUGAGGUUAUUUUCAUCCAUAUCGGGUGAACCGUUUAGAAAUGACAGCACUUGUUGUAAAUAGUCCCCCCAUUUGGACAAAUGCACUUAUAUGUGUAUUAAAGUAGUAGAAAGUUAAGUAUUUGGUCCCAUAUUCAUUCACGCAAUGACUACAUCAAGCUUGUGACGCAAAUUUGUUGAAUGCAUUUGUUGUUUGUUUUGGUUGUGUUUCAGAUUAUAUUGUGCCCAAUAUAAAUGAAUGGUCAAUAAUGUAUCGUGUCAUUUUGGAGUCACUUUAAUUGUAAAAUAAGAAUAAAAUAUGUUCCUAAACAUUUCUGCAUUAAUGUGGAUGCUACCAUGAUUACGGAUAAUCCUGAAUGAAUCGUGAAUAAUGAUGAAUGAGAAAGUUACAGACACACAAGUUACAGACACAAUCCAUUAUUUACCAUUCUUAUGUAUUGGGCACAAAAUAAUCUGAAACACAACCUAAACAAACAGCAAAUGCAUUCAAUAAAUGUGUAGAGUCACAAGCUUGAUGUGGUUAUUGUGUGCUAAUGAAUAUGGGACUAAAUACUUAACUUUUUACUACUUUCAUACACAUACAAGUACAUUUGUCGCAAUACUUUUGGUGCCUUAAAAUGGGGGAACUGUGUAGAAAAAGUGCUGUAAUUUCUAAAUGGUUCACCCGAUUUGGAUAAAAAUAUCCUCAAAUUAAAUAUGACACUGCACGUCAACCUCACAGUCAUGAUAUUAUUUAAUAUCCAAAGUGCUGGGGUACAGAGCCAAAACAAAACAUGUCACUGUCAAUACUAUUUUAAAGAGUUGUUGUGCAAAGAAGAGAGCAGGGUUUUUGUGGAGGGAAUGUCUUAUGUGUGUGUUGUACCUGUGUGUCAGCUUUACCCUUUGGAUAGUGAGUCUACGACAACCCUUUCCCUGUGGCCACUGGUUCUGUAGACUAUGUAGCUGAGGUAUGUGUAAGGUACCCAAUUGUCAUACUUGAGUAAAAGUAAAGAUACCUUAAUAUGAAAGGACUUAAGUAAAAGUGAGUCACCCAGUAAAAUCCUACUUGAGUAAAAGUCUAAAAGUAUUUGGUUUUAAAUAUACUUAAGUAUCAAAAGUCAAUGUAAUCUCAAAAAUGUACUUAAGUAUCAAAAGUAAAAGUAUAAAUAAUUUCAAAUUCCUUUUAUAAAGCAAACCAGACGGCACUCAUAUUUUUAUUACAUAUUUGUUUUACAGAUAGCCCGGAGCGCCCUCUUACACUUAGACGUAAUUUACAAACAAAGUAUUUUUGUUUAGUUGCUCUGCCAGAUCAGAGGCAGUACAUAUGACCAGGAACGUUGUCUUGCGUGACUUGGACCAUUUUCCUGUACUGCUAAGCAUUCAAAAUGUAAUGAGUACUUUUGAGAGUCGGGGAAAAUGUAUGGAGUAAAAAGUACAUGAUUUUCUUUAGGAAUGUAGUGAAGUAAAAGUAUACAUUGUCAAAAAUAUACAUAAAUAGUAAAGUAAAGUACAGAUACCAAAGAAAAAACUAUGUAGGUAGUACUUUAAAGUAUUUUACAUCACUGGGUAUGCAGGUAUGCAGUCUUCCAAUCAAUUUGUUUGCACUAUAUGGUCAGUUUUGAACAUUGUGGAAAAGUUGUGUUAUCGUCAGUAAUAAAUGUCUUAAAACUA